CCUGCGAGGACGCCGACUGCGAGUCUGGGGAGGCUCGGCGUGACUGCCAGGACUAUGAAGUAAGACGCGGAGGCUGAGGGACGGCCUGGACUCCCCCUGCCCGCCUCCAGGUUCGGGUCCUGCCGCUUUCGCCGCUCGGACUCGGCGCGUCGGGGCCCACCCCGGGGCUCGGCCCCGCUAGUGCAAUGGUGGCUGAGGUCCGGGGCGCCGGGCGUCCUCGCGCCCCGUGAAGGCCUGGGGAGAAAGCCUCGAGCGCCGCCCGCUUCCCCACCUCCCUCUCCCAGCUCUAGGUGCUGGAGCCCCCGCACGGCAAAUGUGCAAUACCAACAUGUCUGUGUCCACUGACGGUGCUGUAAGCACCUCACAGAUCCCAGCUUCGGAGCAGGAGACCCUGGUUAGACCAAAACCAUUGCUUUUGAAAUUGUUAAAGUCUGUUGGUGCACAAAAGGACAUUUACACCAUGAAAGAGGUUAUAUUUUAUCUUGGCCAGUACAUUAUGACGAAACGAUUAUAUGAUGAGAAGCAACAACACAUUGUAUAUUGUUCAAAUGAUCUUCUUGGCGAUUUGUUUGGAGUUCCAAGCUUCUCUGUGAAAGAGCACAGGAAAAUAUAUACAAUGAUCUACAGAAACUUGGUAGUAAUCAAUCAGCAGGAACCUUCCAAUUCAGGCAUGUCUGUGAAUGAGGACAGAUGUCACCCUGAAGGUGGGAAUGAUGAAAAGGAGCCUGGUCAAGAACUGCAGGAAGAGAAACCUACAUCUUCAAGUUUGGUUUUGAGACCAUCUACCUCAUCUAGAAGGAGAGCAGUUAGUGAAACAGCAGAAGAAAAUUUGGAUGAAUUACCUGGUGAACGACAAAGAAAACGCCACAAAUCUGAUAACAUAUCCCUCUCCUUUGACGAAAGUCUGGCUCUGUGUGUAAUACGGGAGCUAUGCUGUGAAAGAAGCAGUAGCAGUGAGUCAACAGAGACACCAUCAAAUUUGGAUCUUGAUGACCAUGUAAGUGAACACUCAGGUGAUUGGCUGGAUCAAGAUUCAGAUUCAGAUCAGUUUAGUGUGGAAUUUGAAGUUGAAUCUCUCGAUUCAGAAGAUUAUAGCCUUAGUGAAGAAGGGCAAGACCUGUCAGAUGAAGAAGAUGAGGUUUAUCGAGUUACUGUGUAUCAAGCAGGGGAGAGUGAUACAGACUCAUUUGAAGAAGAUCCUGAAAUCUCCUUAGCUGACUAUUGGAAGUGUACUUCUUGCCAUGAGAUGAAUCCUCCGCUCCCAUCACAUUGCAACAGAUGUUGGGCUCUUCGUGAGAACUGGCUUCCUGAGGAUAAGGGGAAGGAUAAAGAGGGGAUGUCCGAGAAAGCCCUACUAGAAAACUCGACACACUCGGAACAAGGCUUUGAUGUUCCUGAUUGUAAAAAGUCCGUGGCAGAUGAUUCUAAAGAGGCAGGUGUUGAGGAAAACCAUGAUGAAAGCACAGAAGCUUCUCAGUCACAAGAGAGCGAGGACUUUUCUCAGCCCUCGACUUCUAACAGCAUUAUUUAUAGCAGCCAAGAGGACGUGAAGGAGUUUGAAAGGGAAGAAACGCAGGAGAAAGAAGAGAGUACGGAACCCAAUUUCCCCCUGAAUGCCACUGAACCUUGUGUGAUUUGCCAGGGUCGACCUAAAAAUGGUUGCAUCGUUCAUGGCAAAACAGGACACCUGAUGUCAUGCUUCACUUGUGCCAAGAAGCUAAAGAAAAGGAACAAGCCCUGCCCUGUCUGUAGACAACCUAUUCAGAUGAUUGUGCUAACUUAUUUCAACUAAUUGACCUGUCCGUAGGAGUGGAAUUAUAUAUUUCUAACUGUAAAUAUAGCCCUAAAAUUUUGGACAACAUGGGAUAUGGGAUCUAUUUUUAUUUACAUAUGUCAAAGUGAGGCAUUGUCUCAGUUAAUGUGGAUUUCCCCUUUUUGGUAUGAUUUACCUUUGGGAGAGAGAAAAGUGAAUAUUUACUUUUUCAAAUGAUAAUUUCACUUUGUUCUAUUUUUUAUUUGGGUUUUAAUGUGAUUUGAAUACAUACUAGUUCAUUUUUAAUCAUCCCCCUCGACUUCAAAUAGUUUCCACUUUCUCCUAAUAAACAAACAUGAGAAGUACCUGGUUUAAAAGUACAAAAAUAAGUAGGACAUUGAAAUGUAAAGUUAGUGUCUCAUAUGUAAGGGAAGAUGUUUGUGAAAGGUUUAAUAUUUUAAUUUUGGAUACCCUUAAAUCUGAGCCUUAGCUUUUCUGGUUUCGGAGCUUAAAAUACCUUUUCUAGAUAACUAAGUUGAUAGCUGUAUUGAGUACAGUGUGAGUGAAAAAUGUUGAUAGUGUUUUUGGUGUUACCGUGUGAUAAAGGAUAGGUGGCCAUCACUUACACACAGACGAAACCUUUCUAACCCUCCUUGGUAAACUGGGGGAAGGGGCUGUUCUGGGUGAAUGAGUAUACUAUGCAUUUUUCACACUAAUUUUGAGAACUUGAUUGAAUCUUAUGUUUCCUGUAAGUUGGAAAGAAUUCUGAGAUAGUUUGAUCGUCUUGGGCUCAGUUAUAUGGUUUCUGGUAGUUGCCUGAGUUUCAGACCUUAGCUUAACACCAGUUUUAGAAAUGAGUGCAUUCAGAAAUUUGGUUAAUAGAACUAUUCAUUUUUAAAUUAACCAGAAAAGCUAUAACUUUAAUGCAGAUAUUAUUUGUUACUUUCCUUUUAAAAAUGACAGUGUCAGAAUAUGGGAUUCUAAAGUCCAUAUCAAGCUGUUUGGUUUAAGUUCUCUUAUUAUUAACUGUAGUGUACCAAAUACUGAAAACAUCUGUUAAGGUUACGCUGCUUUUCUCCCAUGUAUAUGACAGUUGUGCAGAUUCAGAUGAGGGAUAAUUUGUUCUACCAAUUACUAAUAGAACAUUGUUGCAAUAGCUUUAUGAACACAGGUCUUACAUGUGUAUAUCUAAAUUCGGAAGCAAGUGGAUGGAGUACUUUGGUCUUCAAAUACAGCACAAAUUUAUUAAUUUGUGAUUUGUAAUUCAGUUAGAGCUCUGUACAGUCAUUCUGAGAAUUGGUGGUACAAGUGAGGCGAUGGAUGGUGUACAUUAGGAUAUGCAGCAGUUGCUGUUCACACAACAGUUCACACAUGACCCACUGCGUGCUUCUGAUUGACAAUGUAGUCCUGAUUGUCAAAAUUUUUAGGCAUAAUAUGUAUUAUUUAUUGAUUUAUAAAUAAACUUAUUAAAUAUUAA